AUGGCUUUUAUCAUGAAAGAUUCCCCUGAAUGUGUUAAAUCCGAAUUAGAACUUUUUCAUUUACCUGGAACUCAAACGGCGAUUCAGAGCGGCCAAUGGGUUCAGUUUCAUCCUCUAUCUAAUGUAUUUGAUGGAGGUCCCGUAGAAUUUCAUAUUUCAGGCAGUGGAGAAGAUUAUAUUGACUUGUCACAAACACAACUCUACGUGAGAGCAAAAAUAAUAAAAACGGAUGGUUCACCUCUGGAUAAAGAUGCUACAAUCGGCCCAGUAAAUUUGUUCCUGCAUUCUUUAUUUUCUCAGGUGGAUGUCACAUUAAACGAACGACUGGUGUCUUCUUCUAGUAACACAUACCCCUAUAGAGCUUAUAUUGAAACUUUGCUCAAUCACGGCUAUGAUAGUAAAACUUCAAAAUUAACAGCUGAAAUGUAUGACAAAGAUCUAGAGAAGCGAUCUUCCUUUUUCAAACUGAGUUCUACUGUUGAUAUGAUUGGUGGCAUUCAUUUUGAUUUAUUUCAUCAAGAAAGGCUUUUAUUAAAUAUGGUGGAUGUUAAAUUAACUCUCAUAAGAAGCAAGCCGGAGUUUUGUUUGCAAGGAAAAGCAGGUCAUAAAGUGGUUUUAGAACAUGUAUCUCUUUUCGUGAGAAAAGUGCGUGUGAGCCCUGGAGUUAUCCUAGGUCAUGCCAAAGCGUUAGAGAAGAGUAAUGCCAAGUAUCCUAUUAAUAGAGUAUUAUGUAAAGUCUAUUCCAUUCCCCAAAAUAGCAUGUCCUUGAUACAAGACAAUGUUUUUGUUGGUCAGAUGCCUCAAAGAAUUGUAAUUGGAUGUGUUGAUAAUGACGCUUUUCACGGAAAUUUUGCCAAGUCACCAUUUGAGUUUAAACAUUAUUCACCUGAAUUUCAUUGGAGUGUACGUCGACGGACAGCCUGUGCCUUACAAUCCACUGGAACCAAAUUUUGA